AUAUUGUCUAUGACUCUAGUUCUGGUCUAUGACCAUGUCCAGUGUGAUUGGCGUUUGGCGCUGUUUUGCGUUAAAAUUUUAGAUUGUUUUUAUUUAACAGUGCAAAUUGUGUAUGCGUGUGUUUGUAUAUGCAUCUUAAUAUGUAUUUAACUUAAAUUAUUAUCAAAAAAAUAUUAAUAAGGUACUAUUAUGAUCAUUCUAAAUGCAACUUUCACCUAUCGCGUCAGUCAAUAAAUUAAAAUUUCCUAAAAAGAAACGUAUAGAAAUUUACUUUAUUAUUAAAUUUAUUUUAUAAUCAAGAAGAAACUUUUUAUUUAAUUGAUAUACCUAUCUAUAAAGAAUCAAUGGGUUCCUCAACAUAAAGCCUGUCAGGAUUCAUUGGAAGUUAGUAGAGUAAGUUGCCUCUAAGGAAUUGAAUGGCUAUGUACUAUUACGCAAGUAAAUUAAAUGAGGCAUCAUGUAGUGGCUGUAACAUUAAAGUUCCCCCGGCGCCACUAGAACCAGCCCCUGCGCCCCCUCCACCAGAUGACCACGCUCCAUUGCCACCUGAUUCUUCGCUUUUACAUGGAACUGGACUUUCUUAUUAUGAUAAUGAUGACUAUUACACAAUGGUGAGAGGGAAUAAGUUUAUGUCGGAAAAUACUUGUAAACAUAUUGUGAUGAAUGGCGGGAUUAAUUUUGUUUCUACACAGAAAGUGGAAGCACCACAGUUGUCAGUGCUUACAUCAGGAGGAAAGACAAUAGCAACCCUGCCCUACUGUUCCGCUGAAAAGUUAGAUAUACAAUACAGGGAUGGUCACAUAAUCAGCGCAACUCUAGAUACACUUGUGGAUAUGCUUCGUCCGGGAACUAGUAAAUCAUUUACCUUUACCUUUCUGCUGUGCUCACGACUUUUUGUCAAGCCUCACGAAUUGCUCAACAAGUUAUGCAAAAGAUACUUUAAAACCUAUGAUAAAAUAGGUAAAGGCGAAGUUAAAGAUUUGGUUGAAAAAGAAUUGAAUGACAUGAUAGCCCUUGUUAGGGUGUUAAGUCAAUGGACCAGCAUGUUUCCAUAUGAUUUUCGUGAUGAUAGAGUAAUGGCUUUGGUGCGAAGUAUAACCCAAAGGUGUGCAGCAGAACAUAUGGCUUCAGUCCGAGUGGAAAUGUCUACUACUUUGGAAAAGCUGCUUGAUAAAUUGACUGCUUUAGAACAGUACGAAGAAACACUGGUAGAGAUACCACAAGUGUCAAGUGUUGAACAACUAGCACAGGGGGACAUAUUAACACUGGGGCUCACACCCGUAGAGUUGGCAAACCAAUUGACUAUAGUCGAACUACACAGAUUAUCGUUUGUCGGACCGGAAGAAUUUGUCCAAACAUUCGCUCCGAUUCAGGCCACUCAGUCAACAUCAGCUUGUGGCAAAGGAUCUAUUAACUUGCAUCAUAUAGAGACAAAAAGUACAAGGAAUUUGGAAGCCUAUGCUGACUGGUUUAAUAGAUUGAGCUAUCUGGUCGCAACAGACAUACUAAAGGCAGUGAAAAGUAAAUACCGAGCACGCGUGAUCGAGCAGUGGGUGAUGACGGCUAGGGAAUGCUUUAAUCUUGGCAAUUUCAAUUCCCUAAUGGCUAUUAUCAGCGCUCUGAAUAUGGCACCUGUGUCGAGAUUAAAAAAGACGUGGAGUCGCACAUCAGCCGUUUGCGGUCAACAGUUACGUCAGCUAGAGCUGUGUGUAGAACCUACUGGGAAUCAUGCAAGAUACAGGGCGGCAUUAGCCGCUGCACCAACGGAGACUGCAGUGCCGCUACUCUCCGUCACUUGUAGGGAUUUACAUUUUGCUAAUCAAGGAUCACCUUCUAAGUUGUCAGGAAACCGCGUGAACUUUGAGAAGUGUUCGCUGCUGAGCCGGCACGUGAGCACGCAGCUGGCCGGGCGGCGGUUGGCAAGCGACGAGCCGCCGGCGCCGGCACCGCCUGCACCGCACCUGCCCGCCUGGCGUUAUCUCAAUGAUAGGCCCACGCUCUCAGAGAUCGCUCUCGAACUAAUAUCAUUCGAACGCGAACCGCCAGUCGACCACCUGGAAAAGGAGCGCUUGAAACGUCUCCGCGGAGUGAGCUAAGUGGCGAUUUGAAUUUCAUUUAAAGCUCAUUACUGUUACGACUAUCGAAAAAUUAAUAUCAACCAUCAAGUGUUCCAAUUUUAUCUCAGUGUAAAUCAAGACCCUAUACUUAAUAUUGUAAUGUACUCAUUUCCUCGUUUAGUUGUAUUAAUGAUACAACUAAACGAGGAACUAACUUUACCAAGAGUAGUGUAAAGGAUGUAUUUCCCUCCGUACUCUGUAUGCUCCACCACAAGUCAUAUAAUGUUUCAGGUUUUUGAAUCAAUUAUGACCGCUAAACGAAACCGAAA